CACGUGGUUGUGUCAGCUGAUGCUAAUGCUAAUGCUAAGCAGGCUGUUCGACGUUUCUACGGCAAAGAGCGAUCCGGACGGUCAGACAGGAUGCCUUUCUCGGAGCUUUAUUUCAAUGUCGAUAACGGCUACCUCGAGGGUCUGGUCAGGGGAUUCAAAGCUGGAAUACUCUCACAAGCGGAUUAUUUAAACCUUGUACAAUGUGAGACCCUCGAAGACCUGAAACUUCACCUGCAAAGCACAGACUAUGGAAGCUUCCUGGCUAACGAGGCUUCGCCCCUGACGGUGUCUGUCAUUGACGACAAGCUAAAGGAGAAAAUGGUCGUAGAGUUUCGCCACAUGAGGAACCAAUCGUAUGAGCCCCUGGCCAGCUUCAUGGACUUUAUCACAUAUAGUUACAUGAUCGAUAACGUCAUCUUGCUCAUCACGGGAACCCUUCACCAGCGUGCCAUCUCUGAGCUGGUGCCAAAGUGUCACCCACUGGGAAGCUUCGAGCAGAUGGAGGCUGUCAAUAUCGCUCAGACUCCAGCUGAGUUGUACAACGCCAUCCUGGUUGACACGCCGCUCGCUGCAUUUUUUCAGGAUUGUAUAUCUGAGCAGGACUUGGACGAAAUGAAUAUUGAAAUAAUCCGUAACACUCUCUACAAGGCUUAUCUUGAAGCAUUCUAUAAGUUCUGUUCCAACUUGGGAGGAACUACAGCAGAUACCAUGUGUCCAAUCUUGGAGUUCGAGGCUGAUAGAAGAGCCUUCAUCAUCACCAUCAAUUCAUUUGGCACUGAGCUAUCUAAGGAAGACCGUGCUAAGCUGUUUCCCCAUUGCGGAAAGCUUUACCCAGAAGGCCUCGCUCAGCUGGCCCGCGCUGACGACUAUGAGCAGGUCAAGGCGGUGGCUGAUUACUAUCCUGAGUACAAGCUGUUGUUUGAGGGUGCUGGCAGUAACCCAGGCGACAAAACACUGGAGGAUCGCUUCUUUGAGCAUGAGGUAAAGCUGAACAAACUAGCUUUCCUCAACCAGUUCCAUUUCAGUGUUUUUUACGCUUACGUCAAGCUGAAGGAGCAGGAGUGCAGGAAUAUUGUUUGGAUUGCCGAGUGCAUCGCCCAGCGGCACCGUGCCAAGAUUGACAACUACAUUCCUAUCUUUUGAGAUCCAUCCUACACUUUGCUUACAUCUGGCCUCAUGUCUUUUUGCUUCAUCUAUCCACUCCCACCUUGGUGUUAAAGCAUCUGAUGCUACAAUGCUAAACAGCCUCCAUUCUUUAAGGUGUUAGUGUGAAUCGGUUGUUAAGACGCCAACUAUUUUGUGACCCUUCACAUAAGUCGUCUUUCAGUGGUUGUUGACAAAGCUCUGGUUGUAAUCUUUCAAAUGCAUUGCGUAUGAUUAAUAUCAUAAUAUAGAUUGCGAAAAGCGCCGAUAGCUGACCAAAAGAAACAUGACUGGAACAUUAUUGGAGUUUAAUGGACUCAUUAAACAUAAACCCAAUAACCAAAAUUAGUUUUGCAGAUUUAAAGCAAUUCUUUCAAAUGUUGGACAACAUUAUUGUAAAAAAAAAAAACAAUCAUAUUAUCCAUCCACAUAGUCCUGAGUUGCUCUGAAUAAAUAUUAAUUGGGAUCAGAAACAAAAACGUACAUAAUUGAGAUGUGUUUUAUUGAUAGUUAUUUUAAUGGAUCCCUUUCAGAGGUGCUUUUCAUCUCCAGGUUCACCAACAAUUGAAGGUACCCAGGCCUGUAGCAUCAUGAUUAGGUUCUAAUAUUUUUUCCGCAAUCAGUGAAAUGAAACCAACAAGUACGCUGACCAUCUAUCUGAAGAAAAAAUUCCAUUCAUCUAGUUGUCUUAUGUUUUUGGUAUGGAGAACAACUUAAAUGAUUGUUGUGUUCCCCUAAACAAAACCAUAGUCAAAUGUGUUGUUUCCCUGAACAAAGCUGUAGAGUCAAAUGUGAGUUUUUGUUGGCUAAACUGUUAUUUGAUUUAUGAUGUGUACUCUAGAAUUAUGCACGUUGUUGUAAAUGAAUGAAAGAUGGAACUAUAUAAAAAAUGAUAUUUAAAUAUUUAACAAUAUGAUUGUGUUUUCUCAUGCUGUAUGAAUUGCUUCAUAUCCAUUUUGAUGUUACCUGUGAAGUGUGUUUAAAAUAUGAGCAAAAUAAAUAAAUAAAAUUGACUGCAUAACGUGUUUGUGUCAG